AUGCCUGAUACGAGGUGGGAGACCACUGUGAACCAUGCCAAGAAAUGUAAACGUGAUACAAAGACGUAUUUAUACUAUCCUCCCAGUUCACAGCCAAAAAUUGGUGUCGUGUUUGAUUGUGUGGGACAAGUUAUGGGGUUAUAUUCGGAAUCGGAAUCCCUGCAUGUUCCCGUUGAUAAGCUCUCUGAGACUCAGAAGGCUCAUGCCCUCGAGUUGGUGGUAUCUGCAUUUAAGCACAGGGUAGAUGUUAUCCCCAUUGAUGAUUAUACUUCUCUUACUCAGCGCUCUUUGCCCUCAUCUGAAGGUGUUCACCCCAAUAACUCCAACGACCCAGAUUGGCCCAAUGUAUACGACUUUGGGACUUCUGCCAUGAAUGGUGCUUACAAUCCUACAAAUCCUGGUACAUCGUUUCAAGGUAGCAUUGUACCCACAUUUCCCAGUUGGCCAACAAAUAGUCCUAGGGUACAUGGCUUGCAGAACACUGGCAAUAUGGCCCCAGACACUGGCACCAACUUCUCGAGCUACGACACAGUGCCUCUCCAUUCUGAUGGGGACAUAGACAACUUGCUGAAUUUUCCGAAUUCUGAUCUUGAACUUGUUGAGAACCAUGGUUUGGAGUCACUUGCUGAUCAACAGACUGUCCAUGCUGCAGUUGUUCCUAGUGAAGACCCGGCGGAGAUGGGGCGAUAG